GAACUGUCAUGUUUGUAAACAAAUAUUUCUGUUUCAAGAUCGCAAAACGAAUUAAAUCGUGUUUUUUCAACAAGUGAAUUUAAUUAUCUAAGCGCAAACCCAGCGAUGGCAUCGGCGGCACCUCCCCCCGUCAAGCGGUACCGCCGCGAGUCCAAGGAAUCGGCGGAAAGUGACGCGGAAGACGACGACAAGUACGUGCCGUACGUUCCGGUCAAGGAGCGCAAGAAGCAGCAGCUGCUCAAGAUGGGCCGGAUCGUGCAGCUCACGGCGGAGGCCUCGAACGUGGGCAAAUCGUCCAGCGAGAACGAACACGACGAGGAAAAUGCCGAGGAGGCCUGGGGCCGGAAGUUCAACAUCAGCCUGCUGGACCAGCACACGGAGCUGAAGAAGAUUGCCGAGGCGAAGAAGAUUAGCGCCGUGGAGAAGCAGCUGAAGGAGGAGGAGAAGAUCCUGGAGAGUGUGGCCGAGAAGAAAGCGCUUAUGGGUGUGGCCGAGUUGGCCAAGGGCAUUCAGUACGAGGAUCCGAUAAAAACGAGCUGGAAGCCGCCGCGGUACAUCCUGGCCAGGGCGGACGUGUCCCACGAGAAGGUCCGGGAACGGAUGCGCAUUCUGGUGGACGGUGAAAACGUCCCGCCUCCGAUUUGCACCUUCCGGGAGAUGAAGUUUCCCAAGUCGAUUCUGGCAGGGUUGGAAAAGCGUAACAUCCGGAAGCCGUCUCCGAUUCAGGUGCAGGGCAUUCCGGCGGUACUCGCCGGGCGGGAUCUUAUUGGGAUCGCCUUCACCGGAUCCGGCAAAACGCUCGUAUUCGUUCUUCCAAUUGUGAUGUUUUCGCUGGAGCAGGAAAUCCGGCUGCCCUUCAUGGCCAAGGAAGGUCCGUACGGACUGAUCAUUUGUCCGUCGCGAGAAUUGGCCAAGCAAACGUUCGACAUCGUGCAGUACUACUGUCAGCAUCUGCAGCAGGCCGGAAUGCCGGAGAUCCGAUCCGCGCUGGCCAUCGGAGGAGUUCCCGUGAACGAAGCGCUCGCAGUCAUCCAGCAGGGCUGCCACAUCAUGGUUGCCACUCCGGGCCGCCUAAUGGACAUGCUAGACAAAAAGCUUGUCAAGCUGGACGUGUGCCGCUAUCUGUGCAUGGACGAAGCUGACAGAAUGAUUGACAUGGGCUUCGAGGAGGACGUGCGAACAAUCUUCUCGUACUUUAAAGGUCAACGCCAAACGUUGCUCUUCUCCGCCACUAUGCCCAAGAAGAUUCAAAACUUUGCCAAAUCCGCUCUGGUAAAACCAGUCACAAUCAACGUCGGACGAGCGGGAGCGGCCUCGAUGAACGUCACCCAGGACGUGGAGUACGUGAAGCAGGAAGCAAAGGUCGUCUACCUGCUGGAUUGCCUACAGAAAACUCCUCCACCCGUCUUAAUUUUCGCUGAGAAGAAACAGGACGUCGACGCAAUCCACGAGUAUCUGCUCAUGAAGGGCGUCGAAGCGGUGGCCAUUCACGGUGGAAAAGACCAAGAGGAACGUUACCGCUCCGUAGAGGGAUUCCGCACCCAGGAAAAGGACGUCCUCGUGGCCACGGACGUCGCCUCCAAAGGUUUAGAUUUCCCCGACGUGCAGCACGUCAUAAACUACGACAUGCCGGACGACAUCGAAAACUACGUCCAUCGAAUCGGUCGUACGGGUCGUUCCGGCUCGAAAGGCCUCGCGACGACGUUCAUCAACAAGGCCACCGAACAGUACGUCCUGCUGGAUCUGAAACAUCUGUUGAUUGAGGCCAAACAGAAGGUGCCACCCUUCCUGGCAGAGCUCUGUUCCGAGACGGAACAGUACGCCGAUUUGGGCGAUGGGUGCAGCUAUUGUGGCGGUCUUGGCCAUCGUAUCACCGAGUGUCCCAAGCUGGAGGCCAUCCAGAGCAAACAGGCGUCCAACAUCGGGCGGAGGGACUACCUGUCGAAUACUGCGGCGGAUUAUUAGGUUUAAGGUGUAUUUUAAACUAUAUUUGAGACGGAAUAAAUUGUAUGCUUAUGAAAUAAAAUAA